CUCUAUGUGUGUGUAUGAGUGUGAGAGAGAGAAAGCAUCAUCUUCAACUUCCAUCCAUCCAUGGCGGCGUUUCAGCUGUUGGUCGUCAUUCUCUCUCUAUAUCUAUCAUCAAUCUUCUUCUUCCUCGUUGAAUCUCAGCUCACACUAAACUACUACCAAAAAUCAUGUCCAAGAUUCGACCAAAUAAUGCAGGAAACCAUCACCAACAAACAGAUCAAAUCUCCAUCCACUGCCGCCGCCACUCUCCGUCUCUUCUUCCACGAUUGUUUCGUCCAAGGCUGCGACGCCUCCGUCCUAAUCUCCUCAACUCCAUUCAACAGAGCAGAACGCGACGCCGACAUUAACCUCUCCCUCCCCGGCGACGGUUUCGACGUCGUCGUCCGAUCCAAAAUCGCUCUCGAACUCUCCUGUCCCGGCGUCGUAUCCUGCGCCGACAUACUCGCCUUCGCCACCCGCGACCUAGUCAGAAUGAUCGGAGGACCCUAUUACUCAGUUAAACUUGGCCGAAAAGACUCGUUAACUUCCAAAUCCACCAACGUUGAAGGAAAAUUGCCCAGACCGACUAUGACCAUUGAUCAAUUAAUCUCCGUUUUCGCCUCCAAUGGCUUCUCUAUACAGGAAAUGGUUGCAAUGAGCGGGGCUCAUACGAUUGGAUUCUCUCACUGUAAGGAAUUCAGUUCGGGAAUAUACAGUUACGAUCGGAGUUAUAACCCUAGAUUCGCGGAUGCGUUGAGGAAAGCCUGCGGCGAUUACCAGAAGAAUCCGACGCUAUCGGUGUUCAACGAUAUAAUGACGCCUAAUAAUUUCGAUAACAAUUACUUCAAGAAUCUUCCAAAGGGAUUGGGGCUUCUUGCAUCUGAUCGGGGCUUGUUCUCCGAUCAGAGGACGAAGCCGUUCGUGCAGCUUUAUGCGGCCAAUCAGACGGCGUUCUUCGAUGCGUUUGGUAGAGCCAUGGAGAAGCUCGGUGAAAAUGGAGUUAAGACGACGAUGAGGGAUGGAGAGAUUAGACGAAGGUGCGAUGCGUUUAAUUGAGACUCAGUCCACUCAGGGUUUUGCGUUUUCAAUUCUAAUUUUUGAUCUCUAUAUUAUUAUUAUUAUUAUUAUUAUUAUUAUUAUUAUUGAAUUAUUAUACUAAAAUGUUGUCAAGCAACAGUUGGGGUGCCGACAAUAAGAUACCAGCUAAGAAGUAGUUUUACAGACAUU